CUACGGGAAGCGGAGGGAAGAAAAGCGCCCGGAGCAGGGAGACAGCUUAGCUAACCCGGCAGAGCGGCAAGCUGGCGGACCCUGCAGUCCCCGCGGCAGAGACAGAGACGGCGGAGGACGACGAGGAUGAGGCGCUUCCGCACUCAGAGGCGGUGGACGUUUUCCAAGAGGGCCUCGCCAUGGUGGUGCAAGACCCGCUGCUGUGCGACCUUCCGAUCCAGGUGACCCUGGAGGAGGUCAACUCCCAGAUAGCACUCGAGUACGGCCAAGCAAUGACAGUCCGAGUGUGCAAGAUGGACGGAGAAGUGAUGCCUGUGGUUGUCAUCCAGAACGCCACUGUCCUGGACCUGAAGAAAGCCAUCCAGAGGCACGUGCAGCUGAGGCAGGAGCGGGAAGGGGGCGUGCAGCACAUCAGCUGGUCUUAUGUGUGGAGAACGUACCACUUGACCUCUGCAGGUGAGAAGCUCACAGAGAACAGGAAGAAGCUUCGAGACUACGGAAUCCGGAACCGAGAUGAGGUGUCCUUCAUCAAGAAGCUGCGGCAGAAGUGAAGCUCCAGACAAGGGCUCCACAUCGGUGGCCACACUUGGCCCCCAGCAGAGGGAUGUAUCCACCACUGUCGCUUCUCACAGAAAAGAGCUGAGCUGGCCUUGGCCAAGGCGUGCUUGUCAGCAUGGCCUGGGCCUCAGCCCCAGGACCAGAGAAGCAGGAAUGGACCCACCUGAUCCCAAACCAUGUCAUCCUUCCCCUGUGUACGGAAUAAAACUGUUGGCUUUUUA